UUUGGCUCACAGCACGGAAGUUUUAUAACAGCUGAGUUAUGUACACAGCAGUCUCACAUGAGCUAAUGUUAUUUUCCAUCUAAAACUUAAAGUUUAAGCUUCACAACAGCCAACAAAAUGGUAAACCUCGGUCUCACCAAAGUGGACGACGCCCUGGCAGCAAAACACCCGGGUUUACAGAGUUAUGCUGCCUGUCAGUCUCAUGCCUUCAUGAAGGGGACUGGGACCUUUAUACUUGGUGCUGGUGGUUUAUUUGGCAUUCAGAAACUUCUUCAGAAGAGGCUGCCUUAUCCUCUUCAAUGGAACCUGCUCAUUUCAAUAGUGGCAUCCUCAGUGGGAAGCUAUGCAGUGACUCGCUGGGAAACGCAGAAAUGCUCAGAUCUCUGGUUGCUGCUGGAAACAGGCAAAGUUCCAGACAGAUCGCCACCGCAGGUGUCUCAACCAGAGGUACCAAAGGGACCUGAGAAGACAAAAUAUGGCGAUGUGAUGGAGUGAAGUUUUAAAUGAAUUGUCUAUCUACUGUAUAUAACUACACAUUUUCAGAAAAUGUACCCUGGUGGAGAUAUUCAGACAAGCUGGGGUGGUGCUGGUCGUGAGAUAGUUCAUACUCUAUUUAAUUGCAUCCCAGUGUUUUUUUUCCACCUCCAUUUUUGCACCACAUAAAUGAAGUGCCAUUUUUUUCCAGUUUCAGAGUUUGUGGAGCUUUUGAAUUUCAUAACAGCAUUACUGUGUGGAUAAACAGAUGAGUUUCCCAAAUCAGAGGUCAGGAAUUAGUCGGGGUUUUUAGGAGGAAUCCCAUGUUAAGCUUGUGAUCCGGUAUUAUUUUUUGGAUGUGUUUGUUUGACAUGCAACAGAAUUAAUGCGGCACUACCAAAACCAGCCACUAGUUGUCACUGUAUACCUCAUGGGAUCAGCAAAGCUGUAUGUUGUACUCACUGGUGAGUGAACCAAAGUGGUUCAUGACCAGUCUCUGUUUUCAAGCUAUCUAACUAGCUAUGACAGUUUUAAUCAUAUGCUUUGGACAACAGUAACUGAUAUGAUUUAUUUAUCUUUUUAAAGAGAUCAACAUUCGUAGCUAUUUAAUAAAAUGCUCUGGGCAGCAGUGUAAUCCACAUGAAAUCAUUUA